GCGUUUUGAGCGAAGUGUAAGCACAGGAAGCCCAAGCCACACUUGUUACAGCAGAGGGGAGGAGGAAGAUGCACACUUUUCGCGUCAGUCUCUCAGCGAGAGAGGGGAAGAGCGGACGAGAGCGAGUUUUGUGAGUGUCUGCGGAGAGGCAGAGUCCGAGUUCCUCCUGGUAACCCCUCAAGGUCUGACCCCGAGGAUCAUGUUCGUGUCCAAAGCUGUCAGCCGGCUGAGCCGCAAGCGACCACCUUCAGAAAUUCAUGAUAAUGAUAUGCGUGCAACUGACAGCCAACAGAAUUCAACAGGAACCUCCAAGUGGGCUAUUUCAUUAGAAAAUCUUCUAGAAGAUCCAGAAGGAGUAAAACAUUUCCGGGAUUUUCUAAGGCGUGAAUUUAGUGAGGAAAAUGUUUUGUUCUGGUUGGCAUGUGAGGAGUUCAAGAAUAUUCAAGACAAGCAGCUGCUUCAUGGUAAGGCACGACAAAUCUACAAAACCUUUCUCUGCAGUAAGGCCGCAACACAGGUAAAUGUGGAGGGACAGUCUCGUAUCAGUGAGAACAUGUUGGCACAACCACAUCCAUUCAUGUUUCAAAAACUGCAAGAUCAGAUAUUUACUCUUAUGAAAUAUGACAGUUACAAUCGUUUUCUGAAAUCUGAUCUAUGCCAGCAAGUCAAGCGACUGGAAGAAAGUGGAAAGACUUCCCUAGAUACUGAUGAAACUGUCCCAAAAAGGGCAUCCAGGAUUUAUAAUCGAUAACUAAGCUUGUGGACCAGCUUCAUAACAACUGUGUGCUUUCUUAGCUUUACUUGCUAAUGGAUUGUAAUGGUACCUAUUGGUUAAGUGUUGACUGUGUUGAAGAAAAUCAUGCAUGUUAUCUCUCCGAAUUAUGGUACUGAGUAUUCUCAAGUAGGGUGCAUAUCAACACAAGUGUGGACCAAGAAUGCUGAACAAUGACAUGUAAACGUCAGCAUCAGGAUGAAUAAUUAGAUACUUUGAAUUUUGUCUCUGCAUUACUGAUGUGAAAACUAGCAGGAUUAUAUUGUCAUUAUCAUUUCCUAGGCAUUUGACCAAGACUACCAUUUGCCUUGUACAGUGGUUCCCACCUAAUUUUGGAAUACAUCGGUGUUCAGGUGUCUGCAGAUGACGACAAGAGAUUCAAUCAUUGCUUUAGACCUGCUGAAUAUUGUGAACUGAGAGUUACUUCUUUUAAAACAAAAAAUCAGGAACUCCAGGAGAAUUUUGCUUAAUUGGAUAAUGUUUGCAGUCAGUUAAUUUUAUCCAAAACCAGCUCACUAUUAGUGAAUUAUCUUCCCAAGCUUUAAUACAAACUGUAAAUGUACACACUACUGAUACAUUUAUGUUUAAUGACAUCUGCGCUUAUGAUGGUAACAUGUUGUACCUCCAUUAAAACUUGUUCCACGUUCAUGUUACAUCAACAUGUCCACGGUUGGCAAUUUUUAACAAAUACAGCCAACAAGCAUUGGAAUCUGUGUAGGUUCAAAAUUGAUAGACUUCCAAGAGAUAAUUGAGCUUUGUAAUGAGAUAGACCCUAUUUGAAAUUCUGUGUGAAGAUUAUACUUCAUAUCUUAUCUAAUCAAGUUAAUGUGGUAAAAUUAGAUGGUGCAAUAUUAUCGUACAAAAUUCCUUUAAAUGAAAAAGGUAAAAGCUUUAUUAAAUUAAAGAAGGUAUUUCACUUUAAUCCAUUGGAUGCUCAUAUUCAAAUACCAUACUUAUUUUAAAUAAUUUCAUUAAAGUAAAAAGGUUAUUUAUUCAAUUAUCUGUCUGCUAAUAAACAAGCACUCGCUGUAUUGAAAGAAUUGCUCAUAAUAGUUCUCCUUUUAAUUUUUGUACUAUAUAAGUGUUAUAUGACCUGUUGAUUGCAUCAAAUGCUAAUGCAAGAUUUAUAUACCAUAAAUGUGGAGUUAAUGCCUUUCUGGUGUAAAUGUGCUGGUUUUCACCCCCACAACAUUGUUCUGUACUAUAUUUUAUAUGUUACUAAAAAUCACAAAUGCUGAAAUCCAAACCUUCAAUUUUGGAAAGAGGUGAAAUGGCAAGAAGGCAAAGUACACUCAUUGAUGGCUCACAGGACAUCAGGCAAUUUAGAUAAAAUGAUCUUAAUAGGCUGUUUCUAUCCAUCAUGUUAUAGCUUAAUUUGGCUUUGCAGUUAACCUGAUACAAUAUUUUCUUUUCCCCCUCUAUUCAUUCAAGAGAUGUGGGCAUUGCUGGCUAGGCAGCAAUUACUGCCCAUUCCUAAUUGCCCAGAGGGCAGGUCAGGGUCAACCACAUUGCUGUGAGUCUGGAGUCACAAGUAAGCCAGAUCAGGUAAGGAUAGUCAUUUCCUUCCCUAAACAACUUUAGUGAACCAGAUGGGUUUUUCUGGCAAUCAGCAAUGUGGUUAUCACCAGACUCUUAUUUCCAGACUUUUUUAAAAUUGAAUUCAAAUUCCACCAUCUGCCAUGGUGGGAUUCGAACCCAUACCCCUGGGAUGUUCCCUGGGUUUCUGGAAUAACAGUAACAAUACCACAAGGCCGUCACCUCCCCUGUAUUUGAAAAAAAAAAUGAUGGAAAGCAUGUGGAGGGGUCACCCAAACAAACUACAUUUUACAUGUGAAAGAAUGGGAUCUGUAAAGAUCUAUAUUCAACUAUUUUGAAUCUUUAAAAUGAAUACAUGACGAUAGUACUGCCUGUUAGCAUAAUGGUUCUCAUUACCAGUCUGAGAAAGAACAAUACUCAAAACCUCAGGUUACAUUUGUGCUUGUGUUGUCUAGUGAUGUUGGUACUGAAGCUGAUGUGUACAAGGAAAUCAUCUGCACUUGUAGCAUUCAUUGAUCGUCAACAUGGUUGAGCAUUUAGCUGAGUCUUUCUUUCUGUUCAGCUCCAUGGGUGUCAAUAAUUGAGUUAAAAAGAUGUUUUACUCCUUGUUGUAUAAAAUGGCAUAGCACAGUUGAUCAGAUUUUUCUUUAGCACAACCUUGAAUUAUUUAUUUUGACUGGUUCUGUCAGGUUUGCCCCCUUAAGCUCAUAAAUGAUUUGAUUUGAGAGCAAUCUCGAUUACUCACAUUACAUUGUCAAUUAAAUGCAUUUCGGUCUGUGUCGGCACUCCCUCAAAGCCAUUGUGUUUGCCUGUGCCCGGGUUUUGUUGAUUGUUACCUUAUUUUAUAGUUCAAUAUUCAUACACUGUAGAGGGCAGCUUAUGGAUGUUGUUUGAUUUGCUCCCUGAAAUUGGCCCAAACUUGAUUGGUAAAUGUAUACUGUUUCAUGUUUUAUAAAACAGCUAUAGCAUGUUUAUAAAUUUAUAUUUAUAUUUUAUUAUCCCAGCGAUUAUCACACGGAUUUCCAUGGAAUAACAAACUUUUUGAAUAUCCCAUAUUGCCAUGAUGCACUUGUUUGUGUUGGAGUUUGAAAGUUCUCAUAAUUUGGAAGAACCACCCUCACAAGUGUCUUCAGCAUUUAGAGUCUGUUCUAGCAGGAAUGCACAACCAAUAGUAUAAGAGCCAAUUUGUUGAAAAUCUGUUGUAAAUUUUAACAGCAAUUAAGUUGAGUUUCGUGCUUUCUUUUCUCCAGUAGGUGGAGUGGAAUGUGAGUUUGGAGGCAGAGAGGCUGUUUGACUGGGCGGGGUGAUUUGAGGGAGGGGUUGAAGAUCCUGCAGCAUUCAGGAUUCCACCCUGAUAAAGCUCUGAGUGGAAACUAUGGAGGGCUGCAAUCUUCUUUACAAGAAAAUUGAGAUGUUUGAGGGCCAGCCACAGAACCAGUUGAAUAGCAAUGUUGCAUAGCUGUCCAGUUAACUACCAUUGAACUGUGGGAGCUCCUAAAACUUCGGCAUUCUUGAUUGAGGGACCCAACGUUGUAGGAAGCCAACGCCCAACCUGGUCUAUUGAUCCCCCUUCUUCACUGAACACUUGCUGUGAUCCACCCCACCUACAUGUUCUCUAGGGUUCCAUCACUGAUUCCUGGUGAAGACCUGAGUAUUGUACAGUUUUAGCCAACUCUCCUGUUGGCUGUGCUGGUAUUAGUCAGCUGCCUGCCUCUGAUUGGCUGGAGACUGGUGGCCAGGAGUUUUGUCCUGCACCUGCUUAAUUUGAUGCAAUGAUGCCAAGGCAAGUGAGUGAUUGCUGUGAAAUUGUGUUGCCUCCUGUGAGUACUUUUAGAGUUCCCACAGUUUUUCAGCAAGCUGUCAGGAACUCCAUUGCUGACAUCAAAUUCCAUCCAUUCGAGUGAAUUUUCACUUUGCUGGAUACUGAAAGUGAUAUUCAGAUUCAUGAAAUGUAUUAUUAAUAAAUAAAACAGAACUUUUUUUCUGCAUCAUGGUGCUCCAUAAAUAGUCCUACUGGUCAGUUUGUUCCCUGGCCUCUACAAAGGCCACACUUGAGGUUGCUUGGCUCGCCGAGCUGGUUUGUUGUUCUGCAAACGUUUCAUUACCCUGCUGGGUUGAGCUGGAUUGCCUCACUUCCAGUUUUCCUUCGUAGUGGAAGGCCACUUUUGAUUGAACUCAUUGACACAAUAGUAAUCCAUUUAUCUUUGAUUUUCUUCUUGUCUUUCCUGUUAGUAGCUGCUGAACUUAUACCUGAUGUACCCUGCUUGAGAUCCAGAACUCAAUCUGUGGGGAAUUGACAGUGUAAGUCUACAAUCAAAAGAAUUGCUUGGUGCACCAGUUCAUAAUCUAACACAUAUACCGCCAUACUGCUUUGAGUUAUCUCUCCAAAUGCAUGUAUAAGAUCAUUGUGACCAUUUCUAUAUGUUGCAUACCAUAGUUUAUCUUUAAUACAGUGAAUUGCUUUAAAAAAAACUGAAAUUGAAGGUUUGGGAGAAACUGUCAGGGCUAAUUUAUGGUGUUCAAAAUCUUACUAACGUUUGAAUUCAGGAGGAUUUAAAAAUAUUGUUUUUGGACAAAUUCCAUCUGUGUAUUGUUGAUUCUGUUUAUUUUAAGAUAUUUGUCAGUAAUAUGAUUGAUAUUUGUACUUGUAUAUAACUCUCGAUUUGUGUUUUUACAUUAAAAUACAAUGUUACCU